GUAUUAGCAAAAUUUUAGAUUCGGUCAAACGACUGAUUUAAAAAGAUGGAUUUGAAUGAACUUAUAUUUGGGAAUCCUAUCAUAUUGGAAAAUAUAUUAAAUAAAUAUCCAGCCAAAUAUCUUUUAGAAGUUAAAAAAGUUAAUAAAUUUUGGACGUCUGUGAUAAAUAGUAUACUGGAAAAGAGAUCUAGGAUCUCUUGUGCUCUUUAUGCUUUUCGCGAAAAUAGCUUACUCGAACAAUAUAUAUCUUUAAAUUAUUUGGAUUUAAUAGCCGAAACUUUACCUAUAUAUCCAGAUUUUGCCAUAUUUAUCAUAUCCUAUAAUUUAUAUGCUCAAUGUUAUAAAAUAAAUGAAUCUGGAGAACCUUUACAAAUUAAACCAUCAUUAUUUAAUUAUCUCAAAUUAAAAAUGCCAGCUGAUUGUAUUAUUCUAUAUAUUAUUACAGAUGGAGUUAUAGGCACUUCCUAUGAUCCAUAUAUAUAUAAUAAUGGAAAAUAUUCUACUUGCAGUACAUUUGAAUAUGAAUCUUCACAAUCUUUCUCUUCCUACUUAUUUUCGACACGAAAUCAUUUAGCCAAGGACAAGUAUCUGUCUGCCACUAAAUCUAAACGAUUAAAUUUUGAAAUGUUGGAUAUUCCUAGAAAGGAUAUUAAACAUUUUAUUAACCAUAAAAAUAAAUCAAAAUGCAAAUUUGAUUUAGCAAAAUAUUUUUCAAACAAGAGGCAUACAGAUUUUCCAUUUGAUGCUAGAUGUGUUCUCUUCUUUGCUGAUUCUAUCAUAGAAACUCAAAUAUUAAGAAAAAUAUUGAUAAUAAUACGAGAUACUUAUGAAAGCAACAAUUCCAAGAUCAAAAUAAUUGGUGCACUUGUAGAUGGAUUGGAUAUAUUAACUAAUAAUUCUCAUACAUUUAGAAAUAGAGAAGAUUCCCAUAGAAUAAAACACCACAAAAUUUUUGAAAGGUUAGCACCAAGCAUUCUAUUGAUCUUUUUGAGAGGGGAACAGAUAAAAGAUGUGCUUCUAGAAAUUAUCCCUUCAUCAUGCAUAGAUCAGAUUUCGCUGGGGAAUAGAAUCAAACAUUUGAAAAACAGCUAUAAUGCUUUAGCAUCUACUUUCGCCGAUAGACACCUUAACCCGUUCGCCUUCAUGUUCUCCUGCAUAGGGAGGGGUAAACAUAUUUACUCUUGGCAACAAAACGUCGAGAGUCUUAUGUUCCACUCCUAUUUUCCGGAUGUUCCUAUCGUAGGCCUUUUCGGCAAUGGAGAGAUCGCUUACCAGUCUCCCGGUUGCCAAACUUACGAUGCCGACAAGGUCAAAACGUCAAACAAAUCUUUCGAAGACGAGCCUAAAGUGGGACAAAGCGCGGAUAAUCAUGAUGAUGCUAUCCCAAGAAAUGACACAAUACUUUACAGAGAAUUUGGAUAUAAACAUACGAAUGAUCCCCAAGAUUUUGAACAGAUUUUAAAUUUAGCAGGAAAAAACCCGGAUUCAAUUCCUGGCGAUGAUGACCCGGAUGACCACCGCAGUCGAUUGAUUUUAGAUGAAAUGACGCAAGGGGAUAGAGACAAGAAGCCUAAGCUGACCUCGGCUCAAUUCAUAUAUUACUAUUCUACGAUUUUUUGUGUAGUCGUUAUAGAUCGCGAUAUUUAAAUUGUAUAUUAAAGAAUAUGUUCCGUUGCAAUACUUUAUUGACGUUGAUAAAUUAUAGCCAAAUAUUUUCAAGAGUUUAAAAUUAUAAUUAAAGGGCCCCUCAAAUUUAGAAAUAAUGUCGCGAAUAUAUAAUGUAUAACAUUUUUAUUUGUAUCGUGUAAAAAAAUAUUCGAUUUGAUAUGAAAUAAUAUAACAGUUCCGGUUUCUAAGAUUGCUAAAAAAAUGGAUAUCGGUUCUUAAAUUUGGCGCGGUUUUGGGGCUUCGUGUUUCAAAUUAUCAUAUCGGAUCCUGUUGUGGCCGGAAUUUUAGGCGUCAACUGAAUUCGGAAAUAAAAUAUAUUUUAAAGCUUCGGUACAGAUUUUUAUUUUUAAUAAAAAAUUUUUUACGGUACCUGGUCUAGGCUAUUCUGAAUUAAUUUUAUAAAUUGAAAGUAUUGAGCAGUAAAUGAUUUUUCAAACGCUUCCAUUUUACUGGUGUCAUUAGAUGGUUCGAUUUGAGCUGAUUUUUUAAAAACGGCUAACUCAAUAUUUUAGUCACGAAAUAUUGACUAUAAGCCUCAAGAUUUCGCUAAUGGAUGUCCAAAACUUCGUGCCAUCUGUGACCAAAAUCUUCAGGCUUGGAUAAUAUUAUUCUGGAUAAAAUAUUUAGCUAGCCGUUUUCAAAUAACAGGCUCAAAUCGAGCCAUUUAACAACACUAUAUUUUACGGUUUUUUUUUAUUUCAACGGAAUAAUUCUGAUUUGCUAGGGUAAGAAAUUAUGGCAGCUAAGAAAUCACUCUACAAAACAGUAUUUCGUUCGCCUGAGAAUUAGGUUAAUAUAUAUUCCGUGUUAAACAACUCGAUUUUUUUUAAAAAACGACUAACCCAAUAUUGUUUGGCUGUAAAAUUAGAAAAAGUGGAGAUGGAAUAAUCUAAUUGUUUUUUAUUUAUUUCUGAAAUUUCAAAUAUAAUAAAAUUGUGGUGGUUGAAUUGUAGUAGUUUACUAGUCAAUGUGCAAACCAUAACGAGGACUG